AUGUCCCACUCAAAGACUCCGUUGAGAUCACGGUCAUCUAUAGGUAAUUUUAACAGUACCGGUAAUAAUCAAUCAUUAUCUACACCACAGAAUCAAACAGGUAAGUCUCGUGUAAGCUUGACAGAUUUUAGAAGACCGCCAUCUGCAAGAUCUACUAGGCCAUCGUCCCCAAGGAUGUCUUUUUCCAAUUCUGGUAGCUUUUCUCGUCCCGGAUCUUCCAUGAGCAAUAGAAAUAGUAGACCAUCAACACCUUCAUUUAUCAAACCAGAACCUUAUACAGGAUCAAUCAAAGUAUCCAUAAGACCUAAUCCUCAUACUAUUGAUGUCCAGCAAGGAAGUCAAUGGUAUGUUGAUGAACAUACUAAUACCAUAAUAAAUAACCUUGACGGAUCAGAGUUUACAUUCGAUAAUGUGUUCAGACCUGACGCAUCAUUGAGUAACAGGCAAAUUUAUGAUGUUUCUUGUGUAGAAUUGGUUCAGAAAUUUCUUGAUGAAGGUUAUAAUAGUACAGUCUUUGCUUAUGGUAUGACAGGUUCAGGUAAGACUUAUUCUAUGAGAGGUGAUAACUCGAAUCCUGGGUUUGUCAGAUUGGCAAUUGAUGAUGUUUUUGAUAAAAUUGAAAAUGAUAUUUCUGAAAAAAGAUAUACUGUAAGUAUCACUUAUUUGGAAAUUUAUAAUGAGAAGAUUGUUGACUUAUUAAAUUCUGGCCCUGCCAUCUCAUCUGAUUUGAAAAUCAGGGAUGAUCCUGUCUAUGGUACCAAAAUCGCAGGCAUUAGUUCGCCAACUAUCACUUCAAAACAACAGAUGCUACAACUUAUAAAUCGAGGUGAUAAUAAUAGAAGAACUAGUGAAACAGACUUCAAUGCCAGAUCUUCAAGAUCUCAUGCAAUUUUACAAAUAAGACUUAAUACGGUAGAUAUAGUAUCGGGUACUGAAACAAACAGUGUACUUUCAUUAUGUGAUUUAGCUGGAUCAGAAAAAGCAACUUCAAGCGUUGAACGUAGAAAGGAAGGAUCUUUUAUCAAUAAAUCAUUAUUGGCAUUGUCAACUGUGAUUAACAAAUUAUCAAUAUCUUCAAACACUGGUUCUUUGAAUGAUCAUAUACCUUAUAGAGAUUCUAAACUCACGAGAUUAUUACAGCCAGCAUUGUCUGGAUCUUCAUUAGUGCUGAUUCUUUGUACAAUUCAUAUGGGUUCAGCAGGGAUCUCUAACAAAUUUGCUGAUAAUCAAUUCGUAUCGGAAACUUAUAAUACUUUGAGGUUCGCUGCCAGAGCAAAAGAUAUUGUGGUUAAUGUUCAAAAGAAUAAACUGACCUUACUUGGGGAAGCCGACUCAAUGAAGACAAUUGAAGAUUUGCGUAGAACUGUUGAGAGUCAAAAAUCUGAAAUAGCUUUAUUGAAAACUAACGGUUCGAUGAAUAAUAUGCACAUUGAUGAAAAUAACGGACAAUUGAGUUUGAAUCUGGGUAGAUUCAAUCAACUAGAAUCUGAAAAUAGGAUUUUGACCGAAAGAUUAGAACAUUUGACUAGGUUGACUGAUUUACAAAAAACAGAAACUGUUAUAUUGAAAAAUGAUACUUUGAAUGAUUUAUUAGGGGGGAAUUUUUCCAAUAGCUCUUCACAAAUCAUGAUUGCCAACUUGGAAGAAUUUUAUAAAAGAGUUCAAUACGAAAUGGACGAAUAUAGAUCAUAUAUUUCACAUUUAGAACAACAAUUGAAAAUCGCUUAUAGUGAAAAUUCAUCUAAAGUCCAAAAUCAACCAGCUCAUGGACUUAAUGAUAGGCAAAUGGAAGCUGUUUUGAAAGACCAAGAAGAAGAGAUAAUGCAAUUGAAAGAAGUUAUCAAGGAUAAAGAUCAUUUCAUCAAAAGUUUAACUAAAACGUCAAAAUUACGUCGUUUAGUUGACUCAGAUGCUAUAAAUACUGAGGAUGUAGAUAAAUCCAACAAAGAAAAUAAGAAAGCUAGACAAUUUCAAAUAGGUAAUAAAACUGGAGGUGUAACCAACUUCAUAGUUUGA